UUUCUAGCAAACAUCAUUGCAAUAUUUCUUUAUUUUAUUAAAAAAUGUAUAAGGACAGAAAUGAAAAAGAAAGCAAACAUCGAGUGAAUCGUCCUCAUCAACAUCGACAACAGGAAAAUUUAAGUCAAUCUAAUACUGAAACUGUAGACGAGAGGACGGAUAAUAAUAACCAAAGAAAUACCAUAACAGAAAUACCCGCUACGAUGUUGAAAAUGGAUUAUUUAACCGAGAGAAAAAUAUCACAAGCUGAAAUGGAAAGACGUUAUAGUUGGCUGCAAAAAGCUAGAAUGAGCAUCUCGUCGACAAAAGAUCGAUGCCGUAUUAUUCAUGAGGUUCGUUUCCCUGAUAAUUUCAAUGGUCUUUACUGCGCACGUUUCUCUGCAAAUGGUGAGGUCAUAGUCACGUGUUUUGGAAAUGGCUCUAUUCAAAUUCGGAGCGGCGAAACUGGACAAUUGAAAGCAACAUUGAGAGGCGGUAUGGAAACUUCGUUUCCAAUUAUGAGCUGUAGAUUUCAUCCGAUAAAAAAGAAUGUUUUUUAUACGUCUGGCGCAUGCGGUAAUAUUUUUCAAUGUACGACGGACAAAAACGAAAUUAACAAAUUUAUUUCAGAACCGAUGAACGAAGUUAAUGCGAUAGAUCUUAGUUCCGAUGGGAAUUAUUUGGUUGCUGGUGGCAAAGAUGCAGCUGUUAGAAUUUAUGACUCCGAAAUCGCAAAGCCAAUAUUGACGUAUCGGAGAAUUGAGGAAGACAUGAUGCACAACGUUACGAGAUUUCAUCGUAUGAGAAUAUUCGCUGCGAGGUUUCAUCAUAUUUAUACGAAUUUGAUUAUUACCGGAGGCUGGGAUGAUACAGUCAGAAUUUGGGAUAUCAGAGUCAGUGAUGGAUCCAUUAGAACGAUCAAAGGGCCUCACAUUUGUGGCGAUGCGAUUGAUUUACGAGAAUCGCACAUUUUAACGGGUUCUUGGGUCGUCCGUGAAAGUCUCCAAAUUUGGGAUUUAAUGAGUGCUAAAUUAAUCGAGACAAUAAAACCACGAAACAGACCUACCACCUUAGAGGGUGAAUUUCUUUAUACCGUUCAGUACUUUGAUGGGGAUCCUUAUGGUGAUCAUAUACUUGCAUCUGGUUCUGGUACCGGUGCUGUAGAAGUGAUUAAUAUAAAAGAACAAAAGGUAAUAGAUAGUUUCAAUGUAAAUAAACCAAUCGUUGCAUUGGACAGCAAUGGAACUACGAUAGUCUACGGUGGCAUGGAAUCUGUACUUAGGCUUGAGCCUGAUGUUUAUAUUUUCGUCAUAACGCGUAUGGAGUAAUUUACAAUUGCAAUUACCAUUGCAUUCUGAGCGACGCGACGUUAUUAUCCGUCACAGUCAUAAUUAUGAGGUUGGAAGGAUGGUAGGCUAACA